CCCUCCGACUGAGCGUUGGCGGUGGCGAGCGGGUUAUAAGCGGUCGUUGCAGAUCCACCACUGAUUUCUUCGUCGAUGCUUUCUGGAUACAACAGAGAGAGGUGAUUCUCCCCGUCAUCAGGAUUCAAAGAUGUCGGUGGUGGAGAAUUCCAGGAACUCGACGAUGCCCUCAUCAGAUCCCAGCUCUGAUAAAUCAGGCCGACAAAGAGGAGUCGUUCUCCCCCUCGGUAGGGAUUCGACGGCGACGGCGACGGCGGAGCCCAGGAACAACGCCAUCAACAAAACUAAGGGUUUGCUGCUCGAAAUUCAAUCAGAACGCCUACUUUCAAUUGAAGCACCAAAGGUCGGAGAUUUGCUGCACGAAAUUGGAGAAGUUGAGAGAUUUGGCCGCAACUUCCCCUUCGGAACACUUCACUAUCCAUUCGGAUCCGGAGCGUUUUGCUGCUUCUUUCGUCGCCAUCUCAUCCCCUUUCAAGCCUCGAUCUAGCGGUGUCGGUUGCAUUCAUGCUUUCGAGUUGCUACACAGAGAGGGUGGGAUUUGGGGAAGAGGAUUUGCCGGAGUGGGGAGGAUAAUCGCCGAAUCUAUCAGAAACGAAAAGAGGAUUCGUGGGGGAGAGGAAAUUUGGGGAAGAAACCUAAUUUCGAAAUCGGCCAAAAGUUGCGGAAGAAGAGUCGUCAGUCUCGUGACCCGUGGGAAAUAUAAGACUAUUUUUUUAUUUGUGUAAAUAAUAAAUAAUUUAAAUAUUU